AUGGCAAAAAUUAUUCUUGGUCAGAUGAAGACUCGUAUAUGUUCAGCGCUUGUCGCUUCCAAAAUCUUAAAAUCAUUAACACGUUAUGCACCGGAUCAUGAUUCAAAAGAUCAAUUAUGCUCAGAAGCGGACAUUUUCGAAUCAUAUGCCAUCGAGUUCGUCCGUUGCUCUUAUUCGUACAAUAAACAAAAAGCGUGUGAAUUGAUUAUGAGACGAGUAGAUGUCUAUAAAGGUGUUACAUGCCUUCAAAUGGCUAUGGCUGCAGAUACAAAGAAAUUCUUAUAUGAAGAUGCAUGUCAAGCUCUGCUAACUAAUAUAUGGUUUGAUAAGGGACCCGCAUUGAAACGUCCAGAACGACGAUUGGAGAAAUAUGGUAUUGAUUACUCGGACGACUAUGGCAAGGACGAAUCAAUAUUCCGACAUUUUAUUCACUUUCACAACACACCUGUUGUCAAAUAUUCCUAUACCUGCACAACCGAUCUCUUGUUAUUUAUAUUCAUUAUUGUUGUUGUUAUUUUUGGCUAUGGAGUAACAUCACGAUCCAUGACAGCCUAUCGCACUUUUGAUUUUGAUGGACGACAAUUUUUUCACAACGUAGUCUAUCCAGUUUAUUACUUUGUCUUAGGUAGUUUCGAUAAUGAACUUUCACAAUUAGAUGCCACACCGGAUGCUAGCACCAGUAUAGCCACUCAUAUCAUGUUUGCAUUUCAUAUGCUCUUUGUUAAUAUACUACUACUUAACUUGCUUAUUGCCUUAUUCAGUAACACAAUAAACGAUGUUCAAACACACGCAAAUCACGUUUGGGCUUAUGAUCGUUGUGCCCUUAUCCGUGAUUAUUAUAAUCGACCAGCACUAUUUCCUCCAUUGACAUUUCUUGUUUCAAUAUACCAGUUUUGUGACUGGUGGUGGCCACGGUGCAGAACACAGGAACAAAAAUUGUCAUGUUUCAAAAUGAUCCCAAAGGAUCCUGAUCUUGAUAACGAAUGGUCAGUAUUCGAACGAUUCUCAACGAAUGAUUACAUUCGACAGUUGCUCGAUGCACAAGCAAGUGCAGCUGCAAAUACAAUGGACAAAGAAAACGCAUCUGAUCAAUUAACGACUACGACUGAUAGUUCGAAGUGGCUUAGAUCCGAUAUGAAUCAAUUGAGAGACGAAUUCACAACUUCACGGAUCGAUACUACUAUUCAAUUAUCAUCGAUGGAUUCUACUGUUUCUUUUCUAGAUAAUCGAGUCGAACAAAUCGACAAUAGUGUCAAAAAUUUGACGAUACAAAUGGUGAAAUUUCAAGAUUCACUCAAUUGGAUCAUGACAGCCAUGGCACGUGUCAAAAUGGAUAAAGAUCCUCCAUUAUUCCAACAAGCUCUGCGUAAGCUUAUUAUGCACUUAUGGCCUAAAAGAAACUAA